CGCAGGACACGUAGGUUAAGUCAGUCGGGAAUCGCCAGUCAGCAUGAAUCAGCAGCAUCUGAAAGUCACAGGGCACUUCUACAAAUACCAGGUGUGGUAUUUUCAGAUUUUGGGCAUCUGGAAACUUCCAGAUGGGGCCACAGGGCAGCAGCGCCGCUGGCACCAGCUCCGAUUCUGUUCGAUCUUUGCUAUUCUCAGUGGAAUGCUGCUGCUGUUCGCCAUGGAGCUGGCCGGCAGCAUUGCCCAUCUGCGGGAGAUACUCAAGGUGUUCUACAUGUUCGCCACCGAGAUAUCCUGCAUGACCAAACUGAUGCACAUGAAGCUGAAGAGUCGGAAGCUGGCGGGCCUCGUCACAAUGAUGAAAUCCUCGAGUUUUUCGACCAAAAGUGAGCAAGAGGAGAAACUAAUGGAAGCCGGAAGGGUGUCGGUGGUGAACUUGCGGAACCUGUACGGCAUUUCGUGCUUAGUGACAGCCACCCUUAUUCUCCUUGUGCCGUUCUUUGCGGGUAACUCGGAGCUGCCGCUGACCAUGUACGAGCUCUGCAGCAUUGAGGGACGAAUGUGCUACUGGGUCCUAUUCCUGACCCACGCUGUCUCUCUGAUGUCCACGUGCUGCCUGAACAUAGCCUUCGAAUCGGUGGCCUACAGUGUGCUCACCUAUCUACGGGUACAGGUGCAGAUGUUCGCCCUGCGCCUGCAGCAGUUGGGGCCGGCUGAGACACCGCAGGAUAACCAGCGCAUUGCCAGGGAGCUGCGCGAGUGCAGUGCCCACUACAACAGGAUUGUGCAGCUCAAGGAUCUGGUGGAGGUGUUUAUCAAAGUGCCAGGCAGUGUGCAGCUAAUGUGCUCGAUUCUGGUGUUGGUUUCCAAUCUGUUCGACAUGUCGACCAUUUCGAUUGCCAAUGGAGAAGCAAUCUAUAUGACCAAGACCUGCAUCUACCAGCUGGUUAUGCUCUGGCAGAUCUUCAUCAUCUGCUACGCCUCCAACGAGGUGACAAUCCACAGCUCGCGCCUGUGCCACAGCAUCUAUAAGUCUCAGUGGACCAGCUGGAACAAGGAAAAUCGCCAAAUGAUUGUGCUUAUGAUGCAGCGCUUAGACUCGCCUCUUAGCUUGCGCACUAUUAAUCCCACUUUCACUUUUAGUCUGGAGGCUUUUGGAUCUAUUGUGAACUGUUCCUACAGCUACUUCGCCCUGCUGAAGCGCGUUAACAGUUAGAAUCUGAUUGUUAUCAAUGGAUUACCUAAAAAUAAUUUCAAAUAUUACCGGGCAACCAUCAAGAUUUCAAUCCUCCCUGCAGCAAUAUGGUCACACUAGUAGCUGGCAAAAAA